GAUGACAUAGAAAGAGAGAGAGAGAGAGAGAGAGAGAUGUAGAAUGAGCAAAACCAUAACCUAACGAAGAAGGAAGCUUUUGAAAGAUAAAAAGGAAAAGAGAGAGAGAGAGAGAGAUAGAGAGCUAAAGUAGAGAACUCCUUGACCCCAUCUCUACAAUUUUAGCAAUUGACCAACACAGAUGAGAGAGAGAGUGAGUGAGUGAGAGUCAGAGAUUAGACUUUUAUAGAGAGAGAAAGAUAUUCAUAAAUCUCCAUAUCUUAUUAAUUCCAACCCCAUACUUGUUCAAAUCUCUGAAAUUUAUCAACUGGGUCAUUUUCAGAAGAGAGAGAGAGAUAGGCACAUGAAUCUUCUAGAUAUGGUAUCAUUUUCCAUAGUGGGUAUGAAGUAUUUCACUAUUUCUUGAAAUUUUAUCAACUGGGUCUUGUUCAGAAAAAGAGUGUGAGAGAAAGAGAGAGGCACAUGAAUCUUCUAGAUACUGUGUUAUUCCUAAGUGGGUAUUUCAUGGUCUAAAGACAGAAACAGAGAAAACAAAAAGAUUGCAUUUUUAUCACAAAAUCACAACAUGGGUACCCCACCAGCAGAGGAGCUCCUAAGGAAGAUAGAGGAGCUAGAAGCAGGUCAUGCCAAUCUCAAACAAGAGAUGUCAAAGCUCGUUCUCUCAGGGAAUGAACAACAACAACACCACCACCAUCACCACCACCACAACCACAAUCAGCAGAGGUCGCACUCUGUGUCCCCGCAGCGCUCUGGUCCACAGCGUAGGCGAGCUGGUGCAUCAGGAUUGGACAGUGGAGCUGGAGGAGUGUGGAAGAAGGCUGGUUCAACGUCGUUUCGGCAUUCGUCGCCGUUACAGAGAGAGAGCCGGAGCCGUGAGCCUACGAAUGUGGAUGUGGAUGUGAAUGUGAGUGGUGGUGGUGGCGGCGCUGGCGGUGGUGGGCCAUCAGCUGUGAAUUUCACUGAUAGGCAGUACUUGAAUAUAUUGCAGUCAAUGGGACAGUCUGUACAUAUAUUCGAUCUUAAUGGUCGUAUCAUUUACUGGAACCGAACUGCUGAGAAUCUAUAUGGUUAUUCUGCAGCGGAAGCCCUUGGCCAGGAUGCCGUUGAACUUCUAAUUGAUCCCCAGAACUAUGCCGUAGCAAAUAAUAUAGUACAUCGGGUCUCCAUGGGAGAGAGCUGGACUGGGCAGAUUCCUCUCAAGAAUAAGACGGGGGAGACUAUUUUAGCUGUUGCAACCAACACUCCGUUCUAUGACGAUGAUGGUACUUUGGUUGGGAUUAUUUGUGUAUCAAGUGAUUCACGGCCCUUUCAAGAAAUGACAAGUGUGAAGCACCCGGAACCAGAUUCUAGUUAUGGUCGUCCCAGAAGUGGUGUCUCAAUCACAAAUAAACUUGGCCUUGAUCCUCAGCAGCCUCUGCAAUCUGCAAUUGCAUCAAAAAUUUCAAAUCUGGCAUCCAAGGUGAGCAACAAAGUUAAGUCAAGAAUUCGGACAGGAGAGAAUAACAUUGAUCAUGAAGGUGGGAGUGGCGAUAGUCAUCAUUCUGAUCAUGCUUUCUCAGACACAGUUCUCUCUGACCAUAGGGAGGAUGCAACUUCAAGUGGAGCUAGCACACCCAGAGGAGAUGUACCUCCAUCUCCCUUUGGUGUAUUUUCUCAUGGUGAUGAGAAGUGGCCCGGAAAACCCUCCAGAGAUUCUGGUGAUGAGAGUGAAGGGAAACCUACCAUUCACAAGAUCAUAACCUCAAAGGCAGAAGCGUGGAUGGGUAAGAAAGGGAUAUCAUGGCCAUGGAAAGGGAAUGAGCGAGAAGGUUCAGAUGCAAGGACUGCCCGUUUUGCCUGGCCCUGGUUGCGUAAUGAUCAAGAGAAUGAAUCAGUUCAUCAGAAGACUUCCUCUUCUGGGCCAAAACCAGAAUGCCAGGCAAGUGAAAGUAACCGGCCUGGCAAUAACGAGGCAUCAGGGUCCUGGUCCUCAUUUAAUGUUAACAGUACAAGCAGUGCCAGCAGCUGCGGAAGUACCAGCAGUACUGUAAAUAAGGUCGACUUGGAUACUGACUGCUUUGACUAUGAAAUCCUAUGGGAGGACUUGACAAUUGGAGAACAAAUUGGGCAAGGUUCUUGUGGAACUGUUUAUCAUGGUCUGUGGUAUGGAUCAGAUGUUGCAGUCAAGGUAUUCUCCAAGCAAGAAUAUUCAGAUGAGAUAUUGGUUUCCUUUAGACAAGAGGUAUCUCUUAUGAAAAGACUUAGACAUCCAAACGUUUUACUCUUUAUGGGAGCAGUAACCUCUGCUCAACGUCUCUGCAUUGUUACAGAGUUUCUCCCACGUGGAAGUUUAUUUCGAUUACUACAAAGGAAUACAUCCAAACUAGAUUGGAGACGGCGUGUUCAUAUGGCUUUGGAUAUAGCUCGUGGCAUGAAUUAUCUUCAUCAUUGCAACCCACCAAUCAUUCAUCGAGAUUUGAAGUCUUCAAAUCUUUUAGUUGAUAAGAACUGGACUGUGAAGGUUGGUGAUUUUGGUCUGUCGCGUCUCAAGCAUGAAACAUAUCUCACAACUAAGACUGGGAAGGGAACGCCUCAAUGGAUGGCACCUGAAGUUCUUCGUAAUGAACCUUCAGAUGAGAAGUCUGACGUGUACAGCUAUGGGGUUAUAUUGUGGGAGCUUGCCACUGAGAAGAUCCCAUGGGAUAAUCUCAACUCAAUGCAGGUGAUUGGAGCUGUAGGGUUCAUGAACCAACGGCUAGAGAUUCCUACGGAUGUGGAUCCACAGUGGGCUUCUAUAAUUGAAAGCUGCUGGCACAGUGAUCCAGCAAGCCGACCAACAUUCCAGGAACUGUUGGAAAGGCUUAGAGAAUUACAGAGACAAUAUGCCCUUCAAUUCCAGGCAGCCCGUUCUGCAGCUGGAGAUGGCGCUCAGUAGGAAUUGUAGACCCAAUUCAUCGUGGCUUUGGAUUUCAUGUGCAAUAUUGACACCUGUGGCAUUUUUUCACAAAUAUUUGCACCCAUUAUUGGCGCGUGGUGACCACAGAUUGCCUUGACCAGCCCGUGGCUUGCGAACCACAUAGUUGAGAGUCAAAUCCAUCCUUGCUUACCACUAGGCCAGAUGAAGGGUGAAAACGAAAGGAGAAAGAGUGGUUGUCAUCCAUGUGAGCUACCUAAUUUUGGUGGUGAUAUGGGUUUGAUUGUGUGAUGCUUGUUUAUUUACAUGACAUUAUAAAGAAAUCUUCAUAAUGCUGUGUAGUGGGAAUCAUGUUGGUUGGUAUUAUAUGUCACCCAACUUGUGGUUUUAUAUGGAGAAAUGUCAGGACCACUUAAACAAAAGCUGUACAAAAGAAACACAAUUUUACAUUUUAGUAAAUAGAGUGCCAUCAAUUACUUUCUUCA